UUAGACAUAAGCAAUUGAAAGAGCAAAGCAAGUUCUGUGGGGGAUCGUGGAGAGAUAAUCAUUCAUCACUAACGAGUCCUUACAGAUGCAGCUCAUCAUCUUCUUCUUCUCAUUUCGUCUCCUUAUUAUCACACUAUUACUUCCAUUUCUUGUCGUGGGGUUUGACGAUUGUAAGGAGAGCAGGUGCAGGAGAGGCGGCCCCGGAAUCCAUUUCCCUUUCAAGCUUAAACAUGAGCAGGCGGCGCAGAACUGUGGGUAUCCCGGAUUCGAGUUAUCCUGUGAUAACAAUGGCAACACUGUGAUAGAGCUUCCGCAUGAGGUGCAAUUACAGGUUGAUCAGAUUGAUUACGCCUCCCAGCAGAUCUUCCUAUCCGACCCUGAUGCUUGUCUUUCCGGCAAGAUGCUAUUACACCUUAACUUAUCUCUAUCUCCAUUCCAAUAUUCUGGCUCAUUACACUGGUACGACUACUCCCUAUUCAACUGUUCUGCAUCCAAUGAUUCUGGUGCCACAAUUUCUGAUGGGUUAAUUCCCUGUCUUGGUGUUCCUGGUCACCAAAUAUAUGCCAUUUUCUCCUCACAGUCCAUCGAUGAAUUCCCGUCCUCAUCUUGCGUAAAGUUUCGUGAAAUUACAUUCUUUUAUCCUUUAGAGGAUACUCUUCAACUUAAUUGGACAAGUCCAUCAUGUUUUAAUUGUGAAGCACAAGGCAAAGAUUGUAGGUUAAAGAACCAUAAUAACAUCACACUGGGAGUUGAAUGCCUUAUUAGACCAAAGAAGACAGGUGGAUCCAAAAACCCAAUAAUUAUUGCAGGUGCCAUUUUGGGCUUCUUUCUGUUGGCAUUUGUGAGCUUUGGCGCCUACCAGUUUUACACCACCGGUAAAACACAAAAACAGAACCAGAAAAGAGUUGAAAUGUUUUUGGAAGAUUACAGUGCUAUGAGGCCAACAAGAUAUAGCUUUGCUGACAUCAAGAAAAUCACUAAUCAGUUUAGUGAGAGACUGGGAGAAGGAGGUUAUGGAAUUGUGUACAAAGGGAAGCUUUCCAGUGAAAUUCACGUGGCAGUCAAAGUGCUGAAUGAUUCCAAGGGGAACGGAGAAGAGUUCAUUAAUGAAGUCGGGAUAAUAGGAAAGAUCCACCAUGUUAACGUGGUUCGUUUAGUAGGGUAUUGCGCGGAUGGAUUUAGACGAGCACUUGUGUAUGAGUACUUGCCAAAUGAAUCCUUGGAGAAAUACAUAUUUUCAACAGCAGGUGGCUCAAAGAAUGUUGCCCCCCUGGGUUGGAAAAAGAUUCAAGAAAUAGCCCUUGGUAUAGCCAAAGGAAUUGAAUAUCUCCAUCAAGGUUGCGACCAACAAAUUCUUCAUUUCGAUAUCAAACCCCACAACAUCAUCCUAGACCAUAACAUGAAUCCCAAGAUAUGCGAUUUUGGACUUGCAAAACUGUGCUCCAAAGAGAAAAGUGCUGUCACCAUGACCGCUGCCAGGGGAACCAUGGGUUACAUUGCACCCGAAGUUGUGUCGAGGAACUUUGGCAAAGUCUCUCACAAGUCAGACGUCUAUAGCUUCGGCAUGUUGCUUUUGGAAAUGGUGGGAGGAAGGAAGAACUUCGAUGCUAACAAGGGGACUAAUGCCAGCCAGGAUAGUUUUCCAGAAUGGGUGUACAAUCACCUGAAUAGAGGAGGAGAGUUGCGAAUCAGAAUCGAGGAGGAGGAGGAUGAAGCAAUAGUGAAAAAGUUGGCGAUAAUAGCAUUGUGGUGCAUUCAAUGGCAACCGGUAGACAGGCCUCCAAUGAAAGUGGUCGUUCAAAUGCUAGAAAGAGAGGGACAGGACUUGGUGUUACCCUCCAGCCCUUUCGUUGCAACAAAUGUGAAUGAUGUCCCUCCUAUUUUAGCAGAGACUUUUUACAGCAAUCAGUUUUAAGUCCGAAACUAAUUAAUAAUUUGUAAAAUAAUUUUGUAAUAGAAUAACUAAAUGUAAUACACCUUCAGGGCAUUUGUUUUUCACCAAACAAGUAGCUAGUUAAAUAGUUCAGAUUUAGACUCUGUUUGGUAUAACUUAUAGUUUAAUCAUAUUGGCAAAUGACACCAUCUCUUCAUUAAUCAAAA